ACAUCAGUCACACAACAGUGCUAUCAAAAGUAAAAUCAACAGAACUAUUCAAGCCACGAUGAAGUUUAUUGUUGCCAUAAUCGCAAUCACUUUUGUCAUUUGCACCAACGCAUCUCCCGCUCCAUUGAUUCAAGAUGUAGUGACCUACUCCAACCCAUGGCCGCUGAAGACCAGCACGGUUUGGCCAGCGUACGGUGGAUUAUACGGGAUCCCAGAUUAUGCCUACGGAAAAGUUUCCUACCCGAGUGUUUAUGGAAGCUGGCCAACCUACGGAAAGAACUGGGGAUAUUCUUCCCCGGUAGUCGCUGUUGGUGCCAAGGUUGUGGGCAACGGCCUGUGGAACUAUGGUGGCUACGGAUACGGACUGGGGCAUAACAAGUACUGGCUGUGAAUACAAUAAUGCGAAAAUAAAUA